AUGGCGCUGAAGCAGAUUAUCGGCCUAACCUACCUCGCCGCUCUGAUUGGCAUUUCAUUUUCAAGUCCUGUAGCUCCAGGUUUCACGCAUGACAGUAUCUACCGUUGUCUCGUCUACUGCCUCAAUAUACAGCAGAUCUUCAAGCACACCCGCAAGAUCAAGUUCGCCAUCUACUCGGAGAUCUACAACAAAGAGGCCAAGUGGAAUGGACCAGUUCGGCCGUCAUCCCCAGAUACGGCGUCUCUUUCAAGAAGCUCUAGCUCUCUUAUAUCCACAAAACCCAACGGAUCAACAUCCUUAAUCAUACAGACGGUCACAGAACCCAACGGACCUGUUGUCACUGUUACGCUUCCAGCUAGUGCUUCCAUUACGGGACUAGAGACCCUCACCAUAUCAAGCUCCGCGUUGACCGUAGAGCCUAUUUCAAUAACAUCCAGCGUAUCUUCACCACCAUCUGUAUCAACUUCGAACGUUGAGACAUUCACCGAGCCUAAUGGGUCUUCGGUAGUGCUUACAUUACCGCCUGGCUCGACAUUAUCGGGAUUCCAGACUCUUACGACAGGCGGGGAGACGCUCACUAUUCAGCCUGUACCUACGCCAACUACAAGCGCUACCAUUACAUCGACUAUGACAACGGCGCCUGCUGAGCUAUCUAUUGAGCCAUUCACAGCCACCCCUGUCACAGGCAAUAUGUGGCUCACAACCACAGGCAGCGAUCACUCGACCACAAUUGUACCCAUUAUCUUACCUUGUCCAACAUGUGAACCGCAAAUCAUUUGGAACGUGCCCGAGAUUCCAGACGUCGAGUUCACUUGGCCGAGCUUUCCGCAGCUCCCUAAAUUUCACCUGCCCUGCGUCAAGAUCUUCGGAAUCACUAUUUCUGGCUCAUGCCCUGAUCCUUCGGGGCCUACUCCCGAGAAUGAUGCACCCCCGGAGAGCCCAGAGCCCACGAAUUCACCGACCUCUUCACCCUCUAGUGACUCGCCAAGCUCGACCCGCUUGUCCACGACCAUCUUGUCCAGCUCAUCUAGUUCGUCCACAUCGUCCAGUUCAUCCGGCUCCAGCAGCUCUACAAGUGAGCUCAUCGGCUUGCAGCGCAACACUAAGCGUGCCCGUGGUCCCCUCUCAGUUAAUUGCACCAACUGUGACGUUGAGUUCGAUAUCGGGCUCUGGCAGCUCAAGCACCGUAAGCCAGACAUCAUCCACGGCCGGGAAUACAGGCACCUCGACACCCUCCUCGACACCCUCUCCAACACCGUCUUCAACGCCUUCUUCGAUACCUUCUUCAACACCCUUCUUGACGACAUCAAUCCCUUCGACAACCCCACUCUCUUUACCCCCGCUUCCGACAACAUCAUCUACUCCGCCCAUCACGACUGUCGAGCCUAUUUCUACCGAGUCCGGAAGCUCUUGUGUCUCAACGUCGACAACCACGCUCUGCGAGAUUCCAAGGGAGCCCUGCAUAACGUCUGCCGUCUGCAAUAG